GGUUGGAGGGUGGAGAGAGAGAAAGAGUGGUUGGAGACGGCGACGGAGAGGUUUGUGUGUAUGUGUAUGAAGUUGGACUUGAGGGUGUUGAUGUUUAGGCGUUUUGGGAAGCGCUUGAUAGUGAGUCACGGGAUUAGUCCGGACGCGUUCGUGCAGUUGGCGUUGCACGUGACGUGUUACAAGAUGUUUGGGGAGUUGAAGUCGACGUACGAGUCGUGCAGCACGAGGAGGUUUUACCACGGUCGAACGGAGUGCCUGCGUUCGUUGACGAGCGAGGUGGCGAGGUUCGUGGAGGUGGUGGGGUGCGCGCGGGCGUCGGCGGAGGAGCAGGUGGCGGCGGCGCGCGCGGCGUUCGAGGCGCAUGCGCAGAGGGCGAAAGAGUGCCAGGCGGGAGAGGGGGUGGACAGGCACAUGUGGGGCCUGCAGAGCCUGGCGAGGGUGCACCAAAGCAGCGGGUACGCGAAGGGAGCGUGCGAGGGGUUCGAGAAGCUGGCGGUCUGGAACAGAAUGCUCGAUUCGUUCAUGUCUACGAGCAACUCGGGGAACGAGUACAUUGAGUGCUUCGCGUUCGGGCCGACGUCGAGGGACGGGCUGGGGAUUGGAUACGUGAUUCACCCGGAGCGAGUGUGCGUUUGCGUGACCUCGUUCAAGCAAAACUGCGCCCAGUUUUCUCGCAAUUUGGAGAGAACGUUGGUGAGUCUGGGGGAGCUGUUCGAGUGCGGGAAGUGCAUGAGGCUGUCGUUGGACACGAAGUUCUGAGCGGUGGCGCGGGGUCGGGGGGAGGCGCGCGCGGGGGGGUGGGGGGUGCGCGUCCGCCGGGGAAUUGUAUAAAGGAUUCGAGCAGUUUUUAUUUUAACAAAUAUAAAUAAAACCGUCAGAGCGAAAGCGAACACUUUUUCGUGA